AUGAACGAGCAUGGCGUCAAUAUCACAGCAGUGUCAUGGUGCUUGGGUGGUGUUGCCCUAGCGGUUGUCGGUGUGCGAUUGUACACCCGUGUGGUAGCGCUGCGACGUGCUGGUUGGGAUGACUUCUUCAUUGCUUUGUCAUUAGCAAAUGCCCUUGUAUGCUCGUCUUUGGUUCAAGUUGGUGUUUCUUACGGACUGGGACGCCAUUUGGGCGACAUUCCAAAUGCGUAUCAACAACUUCAGGCAAUUAAGUAUACAGUUAUAGCACCCAACUUCUCUGUUGUCAGCACCACAACUGGUAAGGUGAGUGUGACUAUCUUCCUGCUCCGGCUCAUGGGACAAUCUGCAUCUGCACCGCGGCGAUGGUUCCUAUACAUAAUGAUGGCGGUGUCAAUAGCGUGGAAUGUGUUGGCCAUUGUGGUCAUCAUUGGAUUUUGCCGACCUCCAGAGCGUAUCUGGAACCCAAAGGUGGAUGGCUCCUGCUUCAGUCUCAACUUUCAAUUGGUUGCCGGGACAUCCCAGGCGGCCUUUAAUGCAUUCAAUGAUCUGGCCCUCGCUGUUUUCCCGGCUUAUAUUUUUUGGCAUGUCCAACUCGCCUCUAAGAUGAAAGUUGCAAUCAUCUCUGUCAUGGGAGCUGGUAUCUUGUAUCUCACUCUUCUCAUCACCCGUCAGAGACGUUGGGCUAACUGA